AUGUCACAAGAAGAGAAUGCUUCAAAUGCAUCAACUGCUGGACAUGACAAUAAUGAAAUUCAAGCGAAAUACGAAGAGGAAAAUACAGUUGAAGAUGAAAAAAGAAAUCACGAUAACCUCCACGAUCAUUUGAAAAAUAAGCCUUUAAGAGAAUACACAGGUAUAAUUAUUAUGUGUAUUUUAAUUGCAUUUGGUGGGUUUGUUUUCGGGUUUGACACUGGUACUAUCUCAGGUUUUGUUAAUAUGACUGAUUUUCAAAGAAGAUUUGGUCAAAGAAAUGAUCAGGGUGAAUAUUAUUUUUCAAAUGUUAGAACUGGUUGUAUGAUUGGUUUAUUCAAUGCUGGUUGUGCUUUAGGUGCUUUAUUUUUAUCCAAACUAGGUGAUAUGUAUGGCAGAAGAGUUGGUAUCAUGUCUUCAAUGGUUCUCUAUAUUGUAGGAAUUAUAGUUCAAAUUUCAUCAAAUCACAAAUGGUACCAAGUUAUGGUAGGUAGAAUUAUUACAGGUGUUUCAGUUGGUUGUUUAUCAGUAUUAUGUCCAAUGUUUAUUUCAGAAGUCUCACCAAGACAUUUGAGAGGUACUUUAGUCUGUUGUUUCCAAUUAAUGAUUACAUUAGGUAUAUUUUUAGGUUAUUGUACUACUUAUGGUACUAAAACUUAUACAGAUUCAAGACAAUGGAGAAUUCCAUUAGGUUUAUGUUUUGCUUGGGCUUUAUUAUUAGUUGGAGGAAUGGUCAGAAUGCCAGAAUCACCAAGAUAUUUAAUUGGUAAAGAUAAAAUUGAAGAUGCAAAAGUUGCCUUAUCAAGAGUUAACAAAGUUUCACCAGAAGAUCCAGCAUUAUACAACGAAUUACAAUUAAUUCAAGCAGGUGUAGAAAGGGAAAGAUUAGCCGGCAAAGCUGGUUGGGGUACUUUAAUUACAGGUAAACCAAGAAUUUUCGAAAGAGUUUUAGUUGGUGCUAUGUUACAAGCUUUACAACAAUUGACUGGUGAUAACUAUUUCUUUUACUAUAGCACCACAAUUUUCAAAGCUAUUGGUUUAGAUGAUUCUUUUGAAACUUCAAUCAUUAUUGGUGUUAUUAAUUUUGCGUCAACUUUUGUUGGUAUCUAUGCGAUUGAAAAAUUGGGUAGAAGAUCUUGUUUAUUGGUUGGUUCAGUAGCAAUGUCAAUUUGUUUCUUAAUGUAUUCGUUGAUUGGUUCACAGCAUUUAUAUAUACAUGGUCAAUCUGGUCCAACUAGACACCCAGAUGGUAAAGCUAUGAUUUUUGUCACUUCACUUUAUAUUUUCUUCUUUGCUUCAACCUGGGCUGGUGGUGUUUACUCAAUCAUUUCAGAAAUUUAUCCAUUAAAAGUUAGAUCAAAAGCAAUGGGAGUUGCUAACGCAUCCAAUUGGAUUUGGGGUUUCCUUAUUUCAUUUUUCACUUCAUUUAUAACUGAUGCUAUUCAUUUUUACUAUGGUUUCGUAUUUAUGGGAUGUUUAGUUUUUUCAAUUUUCUUUGUUUAUUUUAUGGUUUAUGAAACAAAAGGUUUAUCAUUAGAAGAAGUUGAUGAAAUGUAUGCAAGUGGUGUUCUUGCAUUGAAAUCCGGAAGUUGGCAACCACCUUCAGAAGAAGAAAUGGCUACUUCAACUGGUUAUGCUGGUUACGCUAAACCUGAAGAAGAACAUGUAAACGUUUAA